CAUGUUAACCAAUCAUUUCUCUUGUUUUAUUUUCGACCUGCCCGGAAGAAACAAAAACCGAUCAAGAAAAUUAUAAAUUUUCAGCAUCAUGUCUAUAACGUCAGGAUCAGGGAUUCCUCCUAAAACAUGGCAGCCACCAAAUGUAACACUUGAAACUACAAUGGGUUCUGUUGUAGUGGAAUUAUACUGGAAACAUGCUCCCAGUACUUGUAGAAACUUUGCGGAACUGGCCAGACGUGGGUACUAUAAUGGUGUAAAAUUUCACAGAAUUAUCAAGGAUUUCAUGAUUCAAGGAGGAGAUCCAACUGGAACAGGAAGGGGAGGUGCCAGUAUAUAUGGAAAAGAAUUUGAUGAUGAAAUUCAUGGUGAUCUCAAACAUACAGGGGCAGGUAUAUUGUCCAUGGCUAACAGCGGUCCGGAUACAAAUGGCAGUCAAUUUUCAUAACGCUUGCUC